AUGUCCACGGAGGACUGGAAAUUCUUCUCGAUAUGCAGUAACUGUCUUCACGAGAACCAAUACUGGCAGCCAGCGCUUGCGCUAAUCUUUAAAAAGCCGUCAUAUGACCAGGCUAAUUCGGUGCCGGAGCGCGUCAAUUCAUUAGAAAACAAUCGCUGCGCUUACUUCUUGGAGUUUCCUCUGACAGCUGAGCUGAAUGCUGAUGAUCUCUUCAGUCAGGUAGUUCGGAUGUUAAGGAAUGAUGACACCAAUGGCUUACUGCUGCCCAAAGCGCUUUUCAGCAGUCCAGCCAUUGCAGUGAAAGUGAUCACCAUUUCAGCCACAAGUCUUGAGUAA